UGCCCUCAGACCAUAAGAGCAGCAGUGACGUGUGGGAGGGACAAGCUGCAUCUGCACUGCUUUUUAUUGCACUACCUGAAAUUCAACAUGUCGAAGAAUCUGUUCCUGCUGCUGCUGCUUAUUUAUAUUCCUAUAUGCUGUCGAGGCAAACACUUGCUUCGCUUCCUGGUCUUCUGUCAGAGGGACGAGCCGGACGACGGUCAGUGGGAUAUCGAGUACGACGGCGAUCAGCUCCUCCACGUGGAUCCCCCUAACUUCACUGUAAUCCCGCGCCUCCCGGAGUUUUCCCAGCAGUGGACCCCUGAUCCUCACCUGCGAAGUGAUGCGUACUUGGACCUGGGCACCUGCAAGUACAAUCUUGGCAUUAUCGCGAAGCGGGAAGAUCACCCUCCAGAGGUCAUAGACAGUCCGACCUCCAUGAUCUAUACGAAGCAGCACAUUGAGCUUGGGGUUCCCAACGUGCUCAUCUGCUUCGUCGACAACUUCCACCCGCCUGAAGUCGAAAUCACGUGGACCAGGAAUGGAGAGCAUGUGGACGAGGGCGUGGUCAGAAGGCGUCAGUACUACUCUAACAGCGACUUCGGCUUCCGUACCUCCGCCUACCUGAACUUCACUCCAGAGGCGUCUGACAUCUACUCCUGCAGCGUGGACCACAUCAGCCUGCAGGAGCCUCUCACCAAGUUCUGGGAGGUUGAAGUACAUCCAAACACCCAGAACAGAGAGACAGCGUUGUGCGUCUGUGGUGUGAUCCUGGGCCUGACGGGAAUUGUCAUUGGACUCUGGUUCAUCAGGAAAGCCAACAAGUCCUGUCGGGCGUAACACGGCUUCAAAACAAACACCUGAAUCUGGAUGUCAGAUAUGUGAUUGCGUUUUUUCUUUCUUUGCUUUUCCGUGUUGGUAAGUGUUCAGGGUGGAACACGGCAGUGUGAGCAACGUGAAAACUCCAUUCCUACACAAAUCAGCUGUGUUCUAAACGACAUUCUCUGAAGCCGGGUGUUUUCUGAAUCAUCUGGGAUGCAGAAAACAUGACGCAGUCACGUCAGUGUGGACCAGAAUCUCACAGGAUAACAUUGAGCAUAAAUUGGAGAAUUUAUAAUAUGUUGACUCUGGUGCUCAGCCGAGUGUGUGUAUUCUAAUAAUUACCCAUAUUUGGGUAAUAUUGUAGCACAAUGAAUGGCUUUGUAGCUCCCAGUGUUUUUCAUUUGAACAUGAAGGGAAGUUGAAAAUAUCAGUUCCUCUUUGUGCCUAAGACUUUAAAAUAAAGGAAAUCCCUUUUUUGUUUUGUU